CGUUAAAUCAGUAAUUCUACUUGCAGUUUUUGCGGCGGACAUGUACAGUAGAUCACAACUGACAACACCCAGAUGCUCAAUAUUUCAUUUCAUUACGCAUGGGGCAGAGGGGAUGAACAUUCCCUAUCAGCAAAUGCAUGCCUAUAAAUCGGGGUAUAUUUAAAAAGGAAAACAGAUCUUAGAUAACAUUAGAACUUGGAGUGCCUAGAUUGACUACUGUUUGCUCCUUUAGGAGGGGGGCCACCUGGCAAGCCAAUGAGCGCCACCUCCGUGCUGGUUGGGGCGGUGGCCUCACACGUGUUCAACAGACAAGAAAAUAUGGAGGACAGCGAUGGGGCACCCUAUCUGCCCCCGGUCUGCAGCCUCCCAGUUCUCCGACUACUGCAGCCGAUGCUGGACGGCGAGGAGGACCCUCUUGAUGCCGACUUGGAGGAGCCCGGUUCACCAGCUGGGCCUGCCUCAGACGUCGGUGCACCACUGUCACCAGCGGCUGCCUGCAUCGCUGAUAGACCUGCAGCAGCCCCAGCAGCUUGCCUGAUUAGCCAGACAUCUACUGCAGGGUCACCAGCUCCUACACCUGCGGCUGCUGCAGCGUGCAACAGUGGUAGUGCGGCAGCAGCUGUGGGCAGUGGUGCCCGCCAGGUCGGAGGACGCAUGGCGCUGCUGGAAAGGAGCCUCGCAGAGGAAAACGAUAUGAGGAUGGCCUUUGUCCAGCAGGAGCAUGCCCUGCGCUGCAACUUCCUUGAACAGGACCACCGCGACGCACUCAGCAAGAGAGCUGCGCUGCAUGAAAUGGAAAUUAAAUUGCGCGAGGACGAGCUGAAAAAAAGAAAUGCCAUUCACGAAAUGGAGAUGAAGCUCCUGUGUAUCAAGGAAAACAUACUGCUGCAGGAGCUGAGCCAGAAGGCUGCACAAUAAAUCAUGUUCAAACUGCUAUGCCUGCUUUACUGAUGGUUCACUUUUAAAGUCAAACUGAAGUAUCACACACUUGGAAGUACGA